AAGAUGGGAUGGGGGGCAAAUAUUGGGAUAGUACUGGCCCCAAAAGCCAUGAGGGCUUGUUCCCUGUGGGGAGAGGGGCACAGAGACAAGGAAUCCUGCAGGACACCCCCGAGGAGCAGGACCCUCCAUCCCACCACAUUUUCCAGCGCUGGGGGUCAGCCAGGCCCGCAGCAGCCGCAGCUGAGCAAGACAGCCCAGAGCCCCCCACUGCACUCCUGCCAGCCCCAUGGGAGCAGCAGCUCAGCCCUCUGCUGCUGCCCAGGGCAUCCCAAGCGUCCUGCAGCGCUGAGCCUGGACACGCUGCUGUGGCCCAGGCUGCCCUGCUGACAGAGCGCUCUCUCGAGGGACUGCCCUGGACUUGUGGGACAUGAUGAUCUCCACACCCCGGCCUCUGAAGAAGAUCUUAAAAGACUCGCGCAGAAGACUCCUGGUCAUAGACUCCAUGUUUCCCGAAGGCGUCAUCAGUGGGUCAGAAAGACCUGACAUGGCAAGAAAAAUACAGUCCCUCCUGCCACAAGUCGUGGGGUUGCUCGACUACAGCAACACAGAAAUGAAAAGGAAAGUCCUGACAUUCUUCUGCAGCGUGAUGGGACACCUGAAGAGGGAAGAGGCUAGACCCACUGUCGAGCAGCUGGAGGAAAAGCUCCUGCCCCUCUUUGAUGAUGAGUCCAGCCAGCUCCGAGAGCUCUCCAUCUGUCUCUUCAGAGAGCGGGUGCAGUCAGUGAUGGCGCACGACAAGACGAGGAUUAAGAGCUACGUGCACCGUGCACUGCUCCCCCUCUUCUUUCGUUUGAACGAUCAGAGCAACAACGUGGCCAAGGUACAGAUUUCCACGCUGAGCACUGAGGCAGAGAGGGGUGUGCUGACAGCACACAGGUGGCCUGGGCACCAGGGGACAGGGCUGCUGGCAACUGGCAGCCUCCUCCAGCCCAUAGGAAGGGUCCUUACAGACCCAGCACGAGUAGCGGUAGAGAAGCUGCCAUGGCCAUUUCCACCACCUGCCAUAACUGGUCUCACAGGGCUCAGCAGCAGCCUGUGGCCACCGAGGCCUGAACAGGUGCAUCCCUACGGGCUCCUCAGCUGUCCCUGCAGGUGCUGGGUCUCGAGCUUUGAGCCUCAGUCCCUGUCCCCCAGGGCUGUGCCCAAGAGAGCCCCAGAUGUUUGGGCCAGGGCAUGUCGCUGCCCCCAAAGGGCAGGUGCUCCAGAAACAAAGCCGAGAAUGGGGGUACGCCAGGUCUCCUUAUGCAGACUGUGGGUGCCAUGUCCCAUCUUCUGCUGUUCCGCAGGCCGCCAGGGAAACCCUCCUUGGUGCAGCAGAGCUCCUGAAAUGGAAGCAGCUCAAACACCUAGUGCGGACUCAGCAGACAUGGAGGAUUGGAGAGAGCUUGGUGAGAACAGCGAAGGCCCAGGCUGACUGAGGGCUGCCCCACGUGUCUGGGCUGUGGGCUCUGCAGAUGUGCC